GUUCUCCUUCUUCCAAUAUGGCGGCGAAUUUUUGGCUCUCUUCACACUGUAAUCAAUGGCUUCUUGAUCGCGAGGAAAUUGAGCUUGAAAGGCAGAGAGACUACCAGUAUCUGAAAGGAGAUGAGUACAAAAAGAUUCACAUUUUUUUUGUCAACUUCAUCCAGGCUUUAGGCGAACAUUUAAAGCUCCGACAGCAAGUUAUUGCCACCGCCACUCUGUAUUACAAAAGAUUUUAUGCAAGGAAUUCUCUUAAAAGUAUAGAUUCGCUCUUAAUGGCGCCGACAUGCACCUAUUUAGCCCACAAAACGGAGGAAUGUGGCGUGAUAUCAAACAAUCGCUUCACUGCAGCUUGCAACGCUGUUGUGAAAAACAAAUUCUCAUUCGCUUUCCCUGGAGAACAGUUUCCAUACAGAAUGACUCAAGUAGGUAUCAUUGUCUUUAAUUUUGACUUGUAGCACUGCUUGUCGUUGUCUGGUGUGCGAGAAAGAGACACAGUUUUUGGACUUUUAAUCUAGUUUCAAUGUCUAAGAAGCGAAAGCAUGAACUUCCAAGUUUCCAAGCCAUGUAAAAUAACAUAGAAUGAUCAUUUAACAACUGAAUUAGCUAGCAUAGAGGAGGAAGGAACAGAACUUUUCUUUUCCUUUUUAUUUUUUUAUUUUUUCGUCUUUUUUCGUUUUCUUUUUUUUUUUUCUUUUGAUGCCUUGAUGGGCAGCAUACAUGUACGCGUCAGAGUUAUGACUCAGUCAAUCCCAAGUGUGCCCAUGCCCUUUCCCUCCACCCCGCCGGGCAUUUGUCUGACAAUUGUCAUUUUGUUUUGGAAAAGCUGCAAAUGCCCCAUGGUGGGGCCUAAAAAUAGGGUGCAAAUGCCCUACCUCAGAACAACCCCAAAAUUGCAUUUUCCAGUAAAGAAGCUACAAAUACCAUAUUUAUGGGAAACCUAUAAUAAUCUGAUCAAACUCGCACAUGAAGCACCCUACACAAAUCGCUUUUAGCCGCUAGCUAUAACUAUUGCAAAAAAGAUCACAUUGAUGUGACUAAUCUCAAUGAGAGAACUAUUAGAAUUUCAAUAAUACAUGUACCUUUCUUAUUUUCAAAGAUGUGUAACCUCUGCGCAUAUGACAUUGUGGACAAGAAAAUUCCUCUUACAUGAAGGGAGUCACUCUCAAGGCAGCUUUUAGCCUCAUUUUUAUGUUUGACCUGUUGUUUUCGAGUCUUCUGAUUUUUUCCACGUAGUUGUCUUCGAUACAAUGUAUAUCCACGGUUGUCAGAAAGUUUUGAAGUAGACGGCUGAGUUGUCAAAGUAAGCGGCCAGUCCAGGGACAUUUUAUUUAAAAAACGCCAAGCAGAGUAGCCGGCCAAUUCUAACCAAUUAGGCAGCAAUUUUCGCCGGCAGCCAGCCACCUUUGACAACCCUGAUAUCGCUUGAAUUUGCCAGUUUUUCUUCGAGGUUUCAAUUUAAAUGCCCAGAAGUGUAUUUAAAAAUGGCGUUUUGGUACAUCAGUCUUUACAUUUCAUCCUAUAAUUGAGUCAUUUUUUGCUUAAAACAUGCAUAACUUAACAACAUGCCCGGGAGACGAACAAGAUCUUACACUCUGGAAGAAGUCACCAGGAUUGUCAUAGAUGUUCCCGAUAGUGAUAUCUCUGACUUUGCGGGCGAAGAUGGAGGUGAUGCGAGUGACAUGCUUGAGCCUAGCUUGGACUCUGGUGAUUCAGACAAUUAGCUUUCAAAUGGUAUAUUACAAGCCAUAUUUAGUUUCAGUCUUGGAUUUAGAUGAAUUUUUUUUAAAAGUGACAUGAAAAUUGCUAUAUUUACUCAGUGAGUUCUGUCAGAUUAAGGGUUGACAUAGUGAAUGAUUAACAAACAACCCACACACUUUACAGGGGUAUUUUCUCAUCACAAUGAAAUUGUUGAAUUGUCACAUUGAUUGCACAAUACAAGAAGUUUUUAUUUACUUUCAAAUAUCUCGCAGUAUUUUACCAGGCCUUUCUGUCUCAACAGUUCAUGAUCAAAGACAGUGGCUUUUCCUUUAAACUCUUCAAAUGAUACGUUGAUUGUUUUUCCUUCAUGUGCAAGCUGAUUACAAUGGUGGGAAGCAAUUUCUUACACAGAUGCAAAAAAAUACCCCGGGGUAGGGAAGUGAUGGAGUGAAAACCACAGAUAUCUUUUCAAAGCAUAGGUAUUAAAAAUAUUCUUUAUAAUUUUAUCUUACUAGGUAUAUUUUUUAGUGAAAUAUUGAAAACGGAACGAGAUAAACCGCUUCUAGAGGAAUUGACAAAUGCCCAUCCCUGGGCAGAGGUUUUCUGACAAAUCCCUACCACCAGGACCAACAAAAUGUUAAAUAACUGACAAAUGCCCUGAGAAUGGGGGCGGGGGGUGUGCAUGUUUCGAAUUGACAAAGUCAUUACAAAAUGAUUAGAAUAAAUAACUUUUUCCGAGCCUGAAUUUUCUUUUGAAAACAACUACAGACUGUGAUUUAUUAUGAUUUGACUUCUUUCAUAUUGUUUUUAACAGGUACUUGAAUGUGAAUUCUUCUUGUUAGAGAUGAUGGACUGUUGUUUAAUUGUGUACCACCCUUAUCGUCCUCUCACACAGUAUGUUGCAGAUCUUGGAAUGGAAGAUGCCAUUCUUCCAAUUGCUUGGCGCAUUUUGAAUGACAGUUUGCGCACCGAUGUUUCUCUUGUCUACCCUCCUUAUCAAAUUGCCUUGGCUGCAAUUUACAUGGCUUGUGUCAUUCAACAGAAAGAUGCUAAACAAUGGUUUGCUGAUUUGUCUGUUGAUAUGGACAAAGUACUGGAAAUAACACAAGAGAUUCUACAACUUUAUGAACUUUGGAAAAGUUAUGAUGAAAGGACUGAGAUUCCAGCAAUACUGAGCAGGGCACCUAAACCACAAGUGCGGCCAACUUCAGCAACACCAGGCCAAACACCUUCACCUAUUCCUCCAGAAUCUUAAGCCCGUAGUCUCACGGUUGAACCUCCAUUAAGUGGCCACUCUCAGGGUACUGACCAGUGGCUGCUUAAUGGGGGCUGGCCAUUCAAUAGAGGUUUGUCUUAAAUUAGAAGAAACUUUAGCAGAAACAUCACUUUAUUUUGAAACAAACAUGCAACAGGAGUGGCAUAUGUCAUCACCUUCCAUAUCCAAAUGAAUUUUUCUUCAUCAUGUUUUUCAAAUAAGGCUUAAGAAAGUGUAUUAAGUGCUUGAUAGCUGCUUAAUAGCAGUGAUAACAACAGAAAAACUCUUGUCAGGGUGGCUCAAUGCUAGCUGUUGCCACUUGAUAGAGGUGGCAGCAUAAUAGACAUUUACACAUGUAAUUUUCGAUUCUUUCCUACAAUUACUUUGGGACUUUGAUUGCUGGUCGCUAAAUAGAGGGUGUUUGCUUAGUAGGUGGCUGCUUAAAGCAGGUUAAACUGUAGUUUGUUCUGGGGUCACUGAGAUUCACAGAGCCUCUCUUAAAUUCUUAUUAUCUUUGUGGGAUUUAAUGGAUGGUGUAACAAAUAACGAGGGCUGAUUUCUGGUUUCAGAAGGAAAUGAUACAAAUUAUUUUAUUGGAACACUUGACAGAAAAAUAUAACAUUUUUCUGUAACAUCCAGUGAGAUUUCAAGAACAACAAUCAGAAGCAAUUUUACCGUAAACUUUUUCCUUUUUAUUUUUUUGUGGGGAAUUUCAUAGAUAGAAGGAGACAUAAUGAAGAUGUACAGUGUAGAAUAUUGUAUUUCAUCAAAUUAUUUUGUAAGAAAAUAUUUCAGGGGCUAGCAAGGAAAUCAUAUAAUUUUUCUUUGCCUUUAUUUGGUGGGUUUCAAAUAGAAUUUCAAAUACUAACUGCUGGGAGAAAAGCAAGCAGAAAGAAAAUUCUCAUUUUAAUCAUCUCUUAUACACAGUUUACACCUUCACCUGUAUACUCACAUUGUAAACAUCUGUAAAUAAUAUUUAUAGAAAGGAGUCCAUUAUUUUUCCAGAGCCCUUCUUGUUUAUCCUGUGUGACAGGUGUGUAAAUGGUAAGGGUCAGUUAGAUCAUCAUACACGAGCCAUAAGCCAAAUUAAGACCCAUAAGAGCAUAAAGGAUAGGCUUUGUGCUAGCAUAAUCUUGAAAAUUUUAGCAGGGCAAGAGUAUGAAAAAUAAUGUGGUAUUAUUGAAAAAUCAGUCUUAGAAUAAUACAAAACAACUAUAACUGUGUAACCUGUAAGCAAACUCUCUGGGGGAAUGUGGGGAAGGGGGAGAAAAGAGGGGACCCCAUACCCCCACCCUCAUGUCCAUCCCAGAGAGUUUGUCUGUAGGCUAAUGACUGUGGCAGUGCAGGGAUUUGUGAUAGUGGAGGAUCUGUAGUGGAAAAUUUAUGAGGAGGCAGCGCAAGUAUAGUAAUACAAAUUGCGGUACUUGAAUGCAGAAAUUGCUGCCUUUUAAAACUAGGAGGUAGUUAUCUGUAAGGCUUUCAAAUUGCCACAUUUUACUUUUGCAUUUCUGCAAGUAAUCAGGUAGCUGAUAAACAAAUUUUGUGUUUAAGACUAGUCCACCCUGUUCAAGAAAUCUUUGAAGAAAAUUGAACUCAAAGGUUGUCUCAAACAGUAAUUGCGAGACCUGCUAGUUAACUUGACUUAAUAAAGCUAAGAUUCUACUUGUGGCAAUCUCAGACAAAACAUAACAUUAGACCUACCAAAGUUAAACCACCUAUGGCUUUAAGUCACAGAGGUACAGGACAGAGAAAAAUAACAAACGGUUACCGAAAGUGACAAGUAGGGUUGACACUUAAACAAAAAUAUUAAAAUCUCUAGAUUUCCUAGAAUUAUUCCAAAUGUAAACUUUUAGAUUAACUUUUCUUUCAUUUUUAUACAUCUAUAAGAGGGGUGGCUAUUCUUUACUUCUUUUGCAUUUUGGCUCUAAGUGUGCACAGUACUGUAAUUUCUGAUAACUAGUAUUGUAACUAAGAGCUGAUGACCAUUUUAAAUAAAGUCUAAGUAAUACAGGUUAGUCUUUCAAUAACUGAAAACUCGAAAUCUUAGUAACAAACCUGGCCCUGGUUGUUCAAUUGCUGGAUAGCGCU